AUGUUCUUCACUAAAACGCUAAUAAUCAUUUGCCUAUGGGGCUUUUUUGUGAGUGGAACUCCAAACACAGGAGUUUUUCACGAAGAAUGCAGUGAUUUCAUUUACCCAGCAGGUUCUCCUUAUGAAGACGGAAUACUUUACGUUUUGGGUGAAGCACGAAAAAACACACCGACUUCAAGCUCAUACGAAUAUUCUGUUGCCACACCUCCGCCAUUUGGAGCCAAUGGUUUCGGAAGAUGCGCUCCGCCGUUGACUAGUGACGAUUGCUCCACUUGCAUGACUGCUGCUUGGGUAGAAAUCGCGAUCCGUUGUGGCGGUCACUCUUCUGGUAAAGUUCUGCUCGUAGAUUGCGCAAUUGGAUACACGAGUAAAGCUGCUAUUGAUUAA